AUGGAUGAAGUCAUUCCUGUCAGAAAUGCCGCUUGUCAAAUUGUUCUUGGGCUGACUAGCAAUCCAAAGAUACUUUCGAUGUCUCCACUACGCAGCAUCAAGGCUCUUACUGAAGCACUGGCAGGGAAUGAAGAUUCUGAACGUCGCAAAUAUGUACACGAGUGGGAGGCAUGGUCACAGAAAAAUUACACUCGACGGUUAAACUUCAACCGCUACUUCGAAGACAGCUUAAUCCCUUUAAUUAUAAACAACUCUGAUCUGAAGUUGUCAUCAAAUAUGCUUGGACCGAAAUGCUUCCAAAGUGUAGACACAACCAGUUCCACACAAUGUGAAGACUCAAACAGUUCGUGGUGA